ACGAUUCUGGACGCAGUCUUCGCGGAGAGUCGCCGCGGUUUCCUGCUUCAACAGUGCUUGGACAGAACCUGGCACUCGUCCCUGCUCCGGCCGGCCGCUCCGAGCCAGCCCGCGCCACCACCUCACAGCGCCCUCCAACCGCCCCAAGGUCCCCGCCGCCGCCUCUCUUCGCCGCCCGCCAGGAAGACCGCGUGCCCCUCGCAGGUGCGCCAGCACUACCACCAGGGCUCGGAGGCCGCCAUCAGCCUCCAGAUCGACCUGGAGCUCCACGCCUCCUAUGUCCACCUGUCCAUGUCAUACUAUUUUGACCGCGACGAUGUGGCUUUGAAGAACUCUGCCAAAUACUUUCUUCACCAGUCUCGUGAGGAGAGGGAACAUGCUGAGAAACUGAUGAAGCUGCAGAACCAACGGGGUGGUGGAAUCUUCCUUCAGGAUAUCAAGAAACCAGACCGUGAUGACUGGGAGAACGGGCUGAAUGCAAUGGAAUGUGCACUACACUUGGAAAAAAGUGUGAAUCUGUCACUACUGGAACUGCACAAACUGGCCACUGACAAAAAUAACCCCCAUUUGUAUGACUUCAUUGAGACUCAUUACCUGAAUGAGGAGGUGAAAGCCAUCAAAGAAUUGGGUGACCACGUGACCAACUUGCGCAAGAUGGGAGCGCCCGAAUCUGGCUUGGCGGAAUAUCUCUUUGACAAGCACACCCUGGGAGACAGUGAUAAUGAAAGCUAAGCCUCGGGCUAAUUUCCCCAUAGCCGUGGGGUGACUUCCCUGGUCACCAAGGCAGUGCAUGCAUGUUGGGGUUUCCUUUACCUUUUCUAUAAGUUGUACCAAAACAUCCACUUAAGUUCUUUGAUUUGUACCAUUCCUUCAAAUAAAGUAAUUUGGUACCCCCCCCCCCAAAUAAUAAUAAUAUAAAUAUUCUGUUUUUCAUUUGAAAAUCUAGAGUAGCGGUUCUCAACCCAUUAAAGUUCCAAAAAACCUUUGGACCUUUUAAUGCCCUAGCCUACUGAAUUAAAGUCUAUGGAGGAAGCAGAAACUAACACACCAUUGUAAAGCAAUUAUACUCCAAUAAAGAUGUUAAAAAAAAAGAUAAAAUAAAAUCUAUGGAGGUAGACCUUAGGUAUCGAUAUUAUUAAAAAGCUCUCCAGGCUAUUUCACUGUGCAGUUGGGAUUGAGAACUACUGAUCUAGAGCAUUAACACCUGUUUUGGGGGUACAAUUCUAGAUGAUUAUGCUGACCUUAUUUAAUUGGGUAAAUAUAAGACACUGGGAUUGGAAAAGGGGGCCAAUCUUUGGGCCCAGCACAAUCCAUUAUUUUCAGCCCUAGACUUCCCAGGAAUCCUCAAACUAAAAUGUCUAAUAUUUUGUCCAGCUUCUCAGUAAUAGUAUAUUAUAAAAUUCUUAUAAUGAUGGUUUUGGUGUAUGGGACUAAUCAAUGGUUCAUUAGGCAAAAAAAUAAAAAUUGUUUUUCAGGUUAUACAAGUAUGAUACAAUUUUAAUAAUUCAAACAACAUAAAAGUAGCCUGCAGUUGCACUUGGUGUUAGGGAUGAGUAAAAGCCGGGGGUGUCUUUGGCACAAAUUACUCAGGAAUAAAAGGCAAUGCCCACUUCAACAGCUAAGAUAAUGGUUUACAUCUCCACCCAGUUCCUCCUCUCUCCGCUCUGUCCCUCUUCCAGGCUAAGACCAAUCCCUCCACCUGUGUUUUGGAUCCCACCACUGUGAUCCCAGAUCCCAGAACUGCCCAAGGUUGAUUAUUCCUUCUUCCUUUUGCCAUUUUCAACACCUCCCUCUAAGUCAGAUCCCUUCCAUUAACUUUUUUAGAUGUUCAGGUCUCUCUCAUUAUUAUAAGAAAUGCCACUACUCAACUCUUUACCUCCUCUUUCUACCACUCCCCUCCCCUCCUCUUCACAGCAAACGUCUUAAAAGAGCUGUCUACACUCAGUUUAUCCAGGUUCACCUUCCAUUCAACCCUCCGCCCUCUGCAAGCUGCCAGUGCCAUCACACCCCUAAGCAUCUCUCUCCAAGGGCGCCAAUUAUUUCCAUGUACCUAAAUCUGACCCACGUCUUUAGCUCUUGCCUUGAUACUUGUAGGACUCAUUGCUGGCUGUCUACCCAGAUUUUAUUUCUCCAUUAUUCCUUUACAGCCAAACUCCAAUUUUAUUCAGGUUUCUAGUCUCUCCUAAUGUGUUUCAGGGAAGGACGACCUCAACUUCAAGGGAAGAUAGCCUCUGGGCCAGUCAGAGCACAGCUUUCUCCUGGUGACUGCAUUGGUCCAGGGUGUGCAUAUGAACCUAUGACUGGGAAGAGAAGGCCCACCCCCCCCCCCCUUUACGCUUGCUUUCUCUCUUCUAUCUAAAAUACAUUUCUUAAAUGUUUAAUCUAAUUUUAGCGGGCAUUUUCUCUUAAUUCCAGCCUAAACCAUCCAACUGAUACAUUUAACCCCACUUGCUAUUCCUCUCCUUGAAAUCCUCUUCCUUAGGCUUCCGUGACACUUACUGUCCUCACCUGCCCUGGUUUUCCUUCUACUGCUCUGGCUACUACUUCACAAUCUGCUAAGUGGCAGGGACAUUGGCUUUUUCAGACCAUGGGGAUAUUGUUGAGUGUAAUUACGUAUAUUAAAGAUUUAAGUAGUUCCCUACUUAAGUACUUUAAGUAGUUCCCUAAUAGUAAAAAAUUUAAUAAAGCUAAGAGGAAAAAAAGGCUCAUUAACUAAUAAUAAAUAAUAAUAAAUCUCAUUGUUACACCAAGAUGAAUACUGGUAAAUACAAUCUAUGUUUUCUACUUUGUGUCUUUUAAAAUGAGAGACUGCUGGUGAUUACCAAUGUAUCAUGAAGAACAAAGACUCUAAUGUUA